UUUACCAAGCGCCAACAAACGGUUGUGGUGACACUUUUAAAUAACAGCAGAGUGAGACCUCUGAGGAGAAGCUAGUCCACGGUCAGACAAGGUGUAAAGUUGUAGUUUCUUGUUCUAUCCUUGUAUCUGUCAGUCUGCGAGCAGCACCAUGUUUGCCGUCAGAAACGCUCUCCGCCUCGGCUCCAGGCUGUCCGUCCCCGCGGUGGCGAGGAGAGGCUGCUCCGGGACUGCCAUCCCGGUGGAUGAUGUGGUGAACGGGCUCACCGACGACCAGAUACAGCUCAGGCAUGCGGUUCGUAAAUUCUGUGCAGAAAAGCUUGCACCUCAAGCUAACGAGAUCGACAAGACAAAUGAAUUUCCAGGAAUGCGGAAAUUUUGGCUAGAAAUGGGGGAGAUGGGACUCCUUGGGAUCACAGCUCCAGAGGAAUAUGGGGGCACAGGACUGGGAUACCUCGAUCAUGUCAUUGUGAUGGAGGAAAUGUCCCGAGUGUCAGCAGCCAUUGCUCUCAGUUACGGCGCCCACUCUAAUCUCUGCGUCAACCAGAUGGUGCGCCACGGCAACGAGAAACAGAAGGAGAAAUAUAUUCCAAAGUUAAUGACAGGAGAGCACGUAGGAGCGCUCGCCAUGAGUGAGCCCAACGCCGGCUCUGAUGUCGUAUCCAUGAGACUCAAAGCGGAGAAAAACGGCGACUACUAUAUUCUGAAUGGCAACAAGUUCUGGAUCACAAAUGGGCCCGAUGCCGAUGUCCUUAUUGUUUAUGCAAAGACAGAUCCCAAGGCCCAUCAAAAAGGCAUCACAGCAUUUAUUGUUGAAAAGGGAAUGCCUGGAUUCUCUACAGCACAGAAGCUUGACAAACUGGGCAUGAGGGGCUCCAACACCUGCGAGCUGGUCUUUGAAGACUGCAAAAUCCCAGAGAAGAACAUCCUUGGUCCGUUGAACAAAGGGGUUUAUGUGAUGAUGAGCGGCUUGGAUCUGGAGAGGCUGGUGCUUUCAGCAGGGCCCAUCGGCAUCAUGCAGGCCGUUUUGGACAACGCUGUUCCCUACCUGCACACCAGAGAAGCUUUCGGACAGAAGAUCGGACACUUCCAGCUAAUGCAAGGCAAGAUGGCCGACAUGUACACCAGGCUGAGCGCCUGUCGGCAGUAUGCGUACAACGUCGCCCGAGCUUGUGACAAAGGACAUGCUAGUGCAAUGGAUUGUGCUGGAGUGAUCCUGUAUUGUGCAGAGAACGCCACUCAGGUUGCUUUGGACGGCAUUCAGUGUUUGGGUGGGAACGGCUACAUCAACGACUACCCCAUGGGGAGAUUCCUGCGCGAUGCAAAGCUGUACGAGAUCGGCGCAGGCACGAGUGAAGUUCGCCGGCUCAUUAUUGGACGAGCCUUUAACGCCAUGUACAAAUAAUGGAACGCGCUCAAAAACUCUACAAGAGGUUUUUCAUGAAUGAACACAGUUACUCACUCCCAGGGCCUUAAACUGAUGAACUGAUGCUGCUGUCAGGAUGUUGUGGAAGCUUCCAAAUGAUUGUCACACAGGAUAUUAAUUCAUUUAUAUGAAAUCACUCAGAGCUGACCCAGAUGUUACAAGCCUUUUUUUCCUACAAAGACUGUAUUUUGAAUUGCAUUAACCUGAUAAUCACUGUAAUGCCAAUUAAGCAAUACAAAUAGAUAUUAACGUGGGUUUUAAUUUCAUUCUUAAAUAGUUAAUUUAUCUCCCUAUCUAGGUGACAAGGGAUCAAAAACUGCUGCUGCCUUUUUUACUUCAACAAACCAUGUUGGUGUUUCUAGGGUUAUAAGUAUAAAUACUGAAUACUGUUAUAACAGUAAAAAAAAUCAUAUGAACUGAUCAUUUUGAAGCUAACGACUGAGCAGGUGAGGGGUGGACACUGUUGCUUAGACACCACAACAUCGACUAAUCACUUCCUAACAGUUGAUUAAAUAAGAAUUGCUUUUUUUUCACAUCACUUUAAUUAUUUAAAGCAAAUUGAGAACAGUUUCUGAUCAAUGAGGAAAUGUAUCUGAUGUCUGAGUAUUCUGUUGUAGAGAAUUAGCAUUAGAGAAAAAAAAGUUUGUCCAUUUUCCGGAGCAAAUAUAUUCCACUACAGUCUGUACAGUCCAACUGGAGCAACACUCCUACAGAUUUGUUUGUCUUCUCUUCUCUAAAGGACUAAAUGUAGCUGUACAGUGUGAUACAUGUAUGAUAUAAUGUACUGUUUGACAUGAAAUAAAUGAACAAAUGUUUUAUU